AUUGGACCUGUUCUUUGGGAGAAGUAUGAUGCUCUGAUGAGGGGAGGGUGGGGGCAGAGACUGCGCCUGCCAAAUGUCUGGCACUGGGAAACAUGGGCAUAGUGUUGUCCAGGUGAGUUUGCUGAGACGCAACGCGCUCCGCAGUGUCGCCUUGUAUAAAAGUAGCGUUCCAAACCUAGUCAGCAAAACAGCCUAGUCGUAGCCUGCUUCCCAUUCAUCAGUACUGUUCAUGAAAAUACUGUUGUGGUGUUGUCCUAUGACUGAUUGUGUGUUGUCUGUAUUAGAGCGGUUAACAGUCGUUUAGGAGUCUCUACAGAACGCAGCAGCCGCAGCAGCAGCAGCUACAACAACUGUCAACCAGUAAACAGCGCUCCCUACAGGGAGGUGAACGGUACUGGCAAGAAACAACCAAAGUGCCACUCUCUCACUCCAACACAAAGUCACACACAAGAGGUGAGUGAGCCGUCGUGCGGGGAGGAGCCAGAGGUGGAGGAGCUGUUGGUCCCGGCCAUGCCUGAGAGAACCAGGGUGGAGCGGGGCUACGUCACCCCUCUGCAGGUCUACAACCUGCUGAACGCAGAGGCGGGCCAGCCCGCGCUGCACGACCCCAACUACAUCCUCAUCCUGGACUGUCGCAGCGCUGACAGGUACAAGCAGAGUCACCUUGUGACAGCCCGUGCCAGUGUAACGGUCAUCCACCCAGAGCUGGGAUGUCUGAUCAGCUGUGUCCAGCUGCAGGAGUUCUCCAUCAUCCUGCUGUACGCGGAGGACGGGCACAGUCCAGUGGGCAGCGCCGAGGCCAGGGUGGACUCCCCGGUCCUGCAGCACUGCUUCUUCCAGAUCAGCGGCCUGGGCAUGGACCCUGUCAUCCUCAUGGGAGGCUUCUCAGCCUUCCACACCCUCUACCCCUUCCUCUGCACCCCCCGCAUGGUCCUCCUGCAGCCCGAGAGGCACUCCCUCACCAUCUACCCCUCCGAGAUCCUGGAGGGGGCGCUGUACCAGGGCUCUGCUGCUCAGGCCUCCAACUACCGCAUCAUCAAGAACCUCCACGUGACCCACGUGGUCAACGCCACGGCCGACUGCCCCGACGCCUUCCCCGGCAUCCUGUCGUACCUGAAGCUGCCGCUCAGCGACGACGCCCAGCAGGACCUGGUGGAGGCUCUCCCCCGGGCCACGGGCUUCAUCUCCGGGGCGCUGCGCGGCCAGCCGACCGGCCGGGUGCUGGUGCACUGCAGCAUGGGGCGGAGCCGCAGCUCUGCGCUCACGCUGGCCUUCCUCAUGCAGCUCCGGCGCUGGUCGCUCCUCCACGCCGUGCGCUGGCUGAAGGAGAGGCGGGCAUGCACGGCGCCCAACGUGAACUUCCUGCGGCAGCUCCUGACCUAUGAGGAGAGUCUGUUCGGUCAGAGGCUCACCUCGCUGGACGAUAUACGGCUGUGAUUGAAACGUGGAUCCGUUUUUUGGGGGGGGUAACACAAAACGAGAGAUGGGUGCUUUGCUGAACACUGGGGGAGAAGGUACUAGAAGGUUGAAUUUGAAGAGAGAUGCUUCCUGUAGACCAGUGUUGACUCAGUAGUCGUGGAUGAGUGUCACACCCAACUGUGAAGGGAACGAUGGAGGGUGGCCCUUUCAAAGACUUUGUGGGAGUACAGAAGGUCACCAGAAGGGCCCUUUGGAUUAGCUCCAGUAUUAUGCCUGUGUAUUCUGAGUUUACAAGGGUCGAUGUCCUCUU